GGAAGCCGUCUAUCAAACUUUCCAUAGAUUGUACAAAAAUCCAAAUCUGAGAAAUUACUUAAGAGCUGCCCCCAUUCUGGGUAGGUAGUAAGCAGUAAAUUUAAAAUUUUCCUAUCUUAUAAAACAAUAAAUAUAUCAACAAAACUCCUUCUGAGAAGUUUAAUUCUUCAUUCAAACAUCUUUGCAUUGAUCAGUCAUGAACAAAAGGUAUAACAUCACUAUCUCCAUUUACAAUCUUGAGAUGAAAGAGUAUGAUUAACAAUCAGACGUUAAUGUCUGGCAGAAGAUUUACAAUGUUGCUACAAAGAAAACAUGAUGUUCAAUUUCGACACCUUCAUAUUUGACAAGUCAAUUAUUUAUGCAAGGCAAAACAUAACAACAAGAGCAAUCAAUCAUAAUACUUCCAAAAGAAAUGAAAAACUGCGUAUGUCAUUAUGUCUCUUGAAACUUUUUCAGGACGUCAAGACCAUCAAGUGACACCAUUCGGCGAUAUAGUGGUUAUUGCAAGGGGUCAAUUAUACUUUAGUCACUCAGGCUUCUUUUUCGUACAAGACCCUUAUCAAAACGAUUGUGAUGAGUGUCAUAACCCCAACCCUACUUGUACAGGGGGACAGUGUCAAACGUGGAGGCCCCCCAACGACGAAAAGCUUAUCGCAUUGUGGACAGUAAAAAAAAUUAGACAUAGAGAAUCUAAUGGAGGAUUUAGGCACGAAUUAAAGUACAUCAUAUCACCCAUGGGAAAUAGAAGCAACAAAGUGUUGCUAAGACGAGAUGGUCGUUUUGAUUAUAAUAUACCAGGGCAUGUAUUCAUUCUUCGAAGUGGUCUAAACGGCCAUCGUCUUCAAGAAAAUUUGCGAGAAUCUCAUAGAAUAUACAGUGAAGAUGAGAAGCCGACCAAUCCAAUUUUUCGACCCAGUUUACCUGCAGCACCCAAUUAUAUUCACGAAUAUCUUCCAACGAACGUGCAGUAUCCACCACAACCAGAGGGUCAACGUCCCUUAACUGAACGAACGAAACCAUCAACCCCCUACGGUACACUAAAAAUCAGCAAUCAAAUUGAUGAAACACCAUCGGCCAAAGAAACUUUCCCAGAUCGACAUGUUUCAAACCAAAUCACUAAUAAACCAAAAACUGAAGAAGGGCUUUAUCGGGAACUAAUCAAUAUUUUACAACAGAAAGCAUCAGCACAUAGUUCCCUUCAGAACAAAGACCACCAUGAAAAGCACUUCAAUAAUGAAAACCGCUUUCCUCCAGGAGCAAUUUUAGAUAAACCUCCAAGUUUUAGCAUGUCGUACGAAAUUGGGUUACGCAACCAUCAUACAACCAGCCCUACAUAUGCAACGCACAUUAAAAAAAUGCAAAGCACAAUAUCUAACCCAUUGUCACAAUCAAAAGAAGCAACUCCCUUACUUAUCCUACCAACAAUAUCACGAGAAUAUUCCAAAACAACAAUGUAUAGCUCAACAAAUGCUAAAGACAACGACUUUGCUUUGUCGACAGCACAGACGUUAUUUUCAAAUCCACCACCGACACCAUACAGUACAGUUACUUCUGGCACAACAUCCCUCCCGAAACCACAUUCUACAACUUCGGAAAAUAAAAAACCAAAAUCACAGAUGAAGUUAUCAGCAAGACUUGGACCUUUAGGAAAUUAUCGAUCAAUUAGUUCAAAAACAUCGACAAAAAAUCGUUUUUCCAGUAGUUACACUACCAAAAUGAGAACAACUCCUUCAACUACGACCAUUUCAAAAAUAUCGAAGUACGGAAUAGAAACAGCUGGAAAAGUCCAGCCCUACUCCACAAAGUUGCAAACGACGCCUUCCAGUAAAUCUUCUCCAGAAUUCGAAAUUAUCCCUAUUACCGAUCAAAACACCUUACUUACACCAAUUUUAGACCUACUUCGACCCAUAAUGGAGAUUAUGAAAACUGAAAAUCCAUUUACCCAUUAUUACGAAACAAGUACCGUUAAAACAUUUACUCCUCCAUCCGCAAGUACCCUUACUGAAACAAAUAAACAACACACCACCACUUCUUUGCCAAAAGAGAACAAAGCCGUAACUACAUCAUCAGAAAAAAAUAAUCAAAGAGCAACAGUAGUUGAAAUACAAAAGUCAGAAACAAAAUCAGAAACAGUUGAAGAAAUUUCACCAGAAAUAAAUAAAUCACUGGUAAAUGCAAAGACUACAAACAUUCCAACAAAGCAGACGUACACUUCAUUCAAUAAAGAAACCAGUGAAACUACUACUUUUUCGUUGAAUGGAACAACUACAGAAACCCGUGAAGAAACUACUACAGAAACUAGUGCAACAUCCAAAAUUACACGAUUCUCCACAAAAACAAUACCUUUUCAAACAGUUUCAACAAUUGUGUUAUCCAAAGAAACUAUAGUAGAACUAAACAUGACCGACGAAAAUUCAUCUCUUACAGCUUCUCAAAAUAUACCUACCGCUAUUCCAAAACCAAAAACGAAACCAUUAAUAGUUAGGACAACUACUAAACUCCCUUUAUUGAUAAAUAAAACAAACCCAAGUAUAAAUAUUCCAAAGAAGACAAGCCAAAACAAUCAAAACACUAAUUUUGUAAACGAUAUAUUUGGCACAACAAAACAUAUCACCACCACGAAAAAAACGCCAAGCAGUAUUGAGAAAUUAGAAGAAUCAAACGUAUCUAUUCUAGAAGAAUUAUUUGGACCAAGCCAUAAAACAGCAACCACGUCUGUGUCUGCUUCUUCAAAAAUAAACGACAGAAUGGAUUACGACAUCACUUCAACAAAAACUGAAGAGACCGAAGAAACUGAAGACGCUGUAGAUAGUGAAAAAACGACCGAAGUAAAAUCUACUCCAAAGAUUAUAUUCUCCAACUUCUUCUUCGCUCCUACUAAAACCCCGGAAAAUGUUACAGUGAACGAAGAGCAAGAAACUCAACUUAAAGCAGUAAUCAAAAAACCUAAUACUGACAAAAGCACUUUGAAUAUUGAGAAAAUGAAAAUGAUGGCGCACUACACCAUGAAUGAAGAUCAAGAAGAAAUACCUACAUCUCAAAGUGUUAGUACCAGCAUCAGCUACAUAAUAACAAAGCCCAAUAGAACAAAAAUAACAAGUAAACCAGGUAAAUAUGAAAGUGGAACAAUGGUCAAAGCUUUGGUUAAAGAAAUCACUAAUAAGCAUAACGAUUUUAUCGUAUUUGAAGCCGAAUUUCCUAACAACAACAAAGCGAAAACUGAAAAUGAUAUUGAAACGUCAGUACCAGAUAUAAAAAGUUUUUUAAAUAAUAUUACCCUUUCGGUGGUAAACCACGCAAGGGCAAUCGAUUAUGUUCAAGCAGAAAAAAAUGACAGUAAUAGUAUUAACAUAAUGAAGAAUAAAUCAAAACUACAACCCCCACCCAAACAACGCACCAGAAAAGGCGUAAUUACAAAAACUGUUUGAUAUAAUAUAUACAAAUUUACACAUUAUCUCACGUUUAC